AUGUCAACAAAAGCACCUGUCACCGCCGUGGACGAGGACAAUUCCUCGUCAAUGCAUCCAGCAACCCCAUUCCCUUGCUCAGCCUCAUCGGCAUCGGGACUGCGACUGGGAUCGAUUUCGGCUAGCAGCUACCAUGUGAAAGCCCUGGCCAUCCUGGUGGCCAUCGUCUUGUGCAGCGGCAGCCUGGGAUUCGCCGACGGGCUCAAGUGCCACAUGUGCGGACAGUACAACGAGGGCGUGGGCUCCAUUACGCCCUGCACCAACUACACCAAGGACAUUGCCCAUCUCUACCUGAAGGAGUGCACCAAAAAGAGCGAGAAGUUUUGCGUGGUGAGUCUGAUUUCCUUAUAA